ACACAUAUGAUGUGGUGGUGACCGCUGGCAGCCUGGCUGAGAACCAUAUGCCUCUUCAAGCCAUUGAUGAGUUUAUCCGGAUCACCAAGCCAGGUGGUCUAGUGAUAAUGGUGACGAAUGUGAAGUACCUGAGGACAGUGGAGGCAUACAAGGACAAGUUGGAGCCUCACAUGGAGUACCUCGAACAACAGGGGUUGUGGCAGAAGGAAGUAAGGAAGGUGGUGCCGAACUAUGACUAUGAGAAUGAUGGAAUCGUCUUCGUCUAUCGUGUUGCGAGCGACUAGGUCCCUGCCAGCAACUGCCACGUCU